GUAUCAGCCAUGGCCAAUCCCAGCGUAUUCUUCGAUAUUGCCACUGACGGCGAGCCCUUGGGCCGCAUCUCCUUCGAGCUGUUUACAGACAAGGUUCCAAAGACAGCAGAAAACUUUUGUGCUCUGAGCACUGGAGAAAAAGGAUUUGGUUAUAAGGGUUCCCGCUUUCAUAGAAAUAUUCCACGGUUUAUGUGCCAGGGUGGUGACUUAACACACCAUAAUGGCACUGGUGGCAAGUCUAUCUAUGGGGAGAAAUUUAAAGAUGAAAACUUUACUCUGUCUCUACAAAAAAAAGAUUUUGUCCUGAAGCAUACACGUCCUGGCAUCUUCUCCCUGGCAAAUGCUGGACCCAACACAACUGGUUUCCAGUUUUUCAUCUGCACUACCAAGACUGAGUGGUUGGAUGUGAAAGAAGGCAUGAAUGUUGUAGAAGCCAUGGAGCACUUUGGGUCCAAAAACAGCAAGACCAGCAAGAAGAUCACCAUAGGGCAGAGAUGCAGGUCAAAAACUUUGAAGUCGGCUCAGCGGCUAGGGAGCUGA